CUCCGAUUACUCCAUAGUUUCCACAAGCACAAAAUCUGCUUCUCUACAGACCAGAAAUGCUUUCCCAAAAUAAUCCAUCUUUUUGUGGUUUGCUAGUUUUGUAAUGAAAAGUGUAGUGUUUUGUUACCUCUCCAACUAUCUACCAAUUUUGCUGUAUCCCCUUUCUUUUUGUUUUGAGAUUAGGAUAUCGUUGUGAUGUCAGUCCUUUUUCGUUUUCUUUCAUUUAUAUUGGAACCAUUGAAUUCAUUAGAUAUUGAUUCCUAUCUCGAAAACACGUUUUCUCCUUUUUGAUUUCUUAGGUGCUCCCUUUUCUACUUUUAGUUUAAGCAAGAUUGAUAGGCAUCAUAUUCUUAACAAAAAGUUAGUGAUCGCGGAUCGGUAGCUGAUAAGGAGGAUUAGGAAACAUGAAGCACAAAGACGGAAAACCUCAGCAAUCGGAUAAAAGAUCAUGGAAAAUCCCGGUGGCAUUAACAGUUGUGGUGCUGUGUGGGCUUUCUUUCUACCUUGGAGGUAUUUUUUGCUCUGAGAAGGAACGAUAUGUAACUGAGGCUGUUGCCACUCCCGUGGCAACCGCUACUGGACCUGUCCAGAUCAAAGCCAUUUCCUUUCCUGAAUGCAGUGCUGAGUAUCAGGACUAUACUCCAUGCACAGAUCCAAAGAGAUGGCACAAGUAUAGUCGCCAUCGUCUUGCUUUCUUGGAACGACAUUGCCCUCCUAGUUUUGAACGACAGGAAUGCUUGGUACCCCCACCAGAUGGCUAUAAAUCACCUAUUAGAUGGCCAAAGAGCAAAAAUGAAUGUUGGUACAGGAAUGUUCCAUAUGAUUGGAUUAACAAACAAAAGUCCAAUCAACAUUGGCUUAAAAAAGAAGGGGAGAAGUUUAUCUUUCCUGGUGGUGGUACAAUGUUUCCUAAUGGGGUUGGUGCCUAUGUUGAUUUGAUGCAAGAUUUGAUUCCGCAAAUGAAAGAUGGGACAAUCCGAACUGCCAUUGAUACUGGAUGUGGGGUAGCAAGCUGGGGAGGUGAUUUACUAGAUCGUGGAAUUUUGACAGUCUCUCUUGCCCCAAGAGACAAUCACCAGGCUCAGGUUCAGUUUGCUCUGGAACGUGGAAUUCCUGCAAUUCUGGGCAUCAUUUCUACUCAGCGUCUUCCUUUCCCUUCAAACUCUUUUGAUAUGGCUCAUUGUUCAAGAUGCCUAAUUCCAUGGACUGAGUUCGGUGGAGUUUACCUUCUUGAGGUUCAUCGCAUACUCCGUCCUGGCGGUUUUUGGGUCCUCUCUGGUCCUCCAGUGAACUAUAAACGUCGUUGGAGAGGAUGGAAUACGACUAUCGAGGAGCAAAAAUCAGAUUACGAUAAGUUGCAAGAACUACUAACUUCAAUGUGCUUUAAAUUAUUCAACAAGAAGGAUGACAUUGCUGUGUGGCAGAAGUUGUCUGACAAUAGCUGCUAUAAGAAGCUUGAUAAUCCUGACAACUAUCCAUCAAAAUGUGAUGAUGGUACUGAACCUGAUUCAGCGUGGUACGCUCCUCUUCGGCCUUGUGUAGUUGUGCCAAAUCCAGCUGCUAAGAAAGUCAAGUUGGAUGUCCUCCCCAAGUGGCCAGAAAGAUUGCACGUUGCUCCUGAACGUGUUUCUGAUGUUCGUGGAGGUAGUGCUGGUGCCUUCAAGCAUGAUGAUGGUAAAUGGAAGGCUCGGGCAAAACAUUACAAGAAGUUGCUCCCUGCAAUUGGAACGGACAAGAUCAGAAAUGUAAUGGACAUGAACACCUUGUAUGGAGGUUUCGCUGCUGCUGUGGUUGAUGAUCCGUUGUGGGUCAUGAAUGUGGUUUCCUCUUACGCUCCAAAUACACUUCCUGUGGUCUAUGAUAGGGGUCUUAUUGGAACAAUUCAUGACUGGUGUGAGGCUUUCUCAACGUAUCCUCGGACAUACGAUCUCCUGCAUCUUGAUGGCCUCUUCUCCGCCGAAAGUCAUAGAUGUGAAAUGAAAUAUGUUCUGCUGGAAAUGGAUCGUAUUUUACGACCCAAUGGAUACGCUAUAAUCCGAGAAUCCAGCUAUUUUGUAGACGCUAUUGCUACGAUGGCUAAGGGGACGAGAUGGAGCUGUCGUAAGGAAGAAACAGAAUACGGCGUAGAGAAGGAAAAGAUAUUGAUUUGCCAGAAGAAGCUAUGGUAUUCAAAGCAAAAUUCAUGAUGAACUUUGAACUUCAUACACCAUAAAACACAAUUGCUGAUAAUGGAGAGAAAAAGUUAUAUAUUUAAGAAUGGCAUCAUAGGAGAUAAGUAAGUCUACACAGCUCAUAUACUAUAUAUAUAUAUAUAUAUAUUGUUCAACAAAUCAUUGGAAAUUGAGAUUUUGAAUUGAAGAAUCAAUAGCCAAAAGAUAACCAUAUGCUAAUAUUCUGAUGGCUUGUUCAUGCAAUAUAUUCUUUGUAAGGCCCAAAGCUUUUGCUUUGUGUAUCACUGGCCCUCGGGGAUUUUUCGAUUAUAAAAAACGGAGCGUUGUGCUCUUCGGUUGUAUUGUAUUUUAUUUUAUUUUUUCGGAAGACAUUGCAGCUCCUUAUGUACCUAGUUAGAUAUGUUCCUUUUGAAGUAUUUUUGGAUGUAAUAAUUAAAGCCCAAUUUUUAUUGUCGAAGUGCUUCUAUCUA